AUGCAUUCCAACACCGCUAUUACCAUCCUGAUCGCCCUCGCUGGCAUCGGCUCCGUCUCUGCAAAGGGCAUCAACUGCGAGGGCGCAGCUGGUUGCAGUUUUGCAGGCCAGGGAAUUGCAAAGCAGCUCCAGUCAUACAUCAACUCUGCGAGCGACAGUACUUGGUUCAACAAUGGACAGCAAAUCGCCUGCUCCAACGGCAUUUGUGCAUUCUUCCAAGGAACUGGCGGAGGCUGGGGGAGUGAUGCCAAAAGACUGGCCGCUGAUAUUGUUGGCCACGGGUGCAACGUCUGUGGAAGCGUUCCUUUUUACUACCCUAACCCCAAUGACAUUUCGACUUAUGGGGAGUUGACAUUUAAUGCUGUUGGCGUUGACUGCGGCCGAUGUUUGUGCUCUGACCCGAACUGCUCUGACCCCUAG